AUGUCGUACGUUCGUUUCAUAAUUUGGUCUUGGCUAAUAUAUCAUUGUGCGGUAACUAGCCUUGUCUACCAACACACGGUCUAUCAAAGGCGUCUUAAUCCUACGUAUGACAACGGGACUACCCCAAUGUUCUCAACCACAGUUCCCACUUUCCAAGCCUGUAUCAACAAAUGUCACAUUCAGCCACCAUGUGACUCCUUGGUAUUUGACACCGUUACCUUGAAGUGCUCACUCUAUGAAGGAAAUACAGUUGAGGAAGAAAUCACUAUUAACCAAAUAUAUCACCAGGUCUUGAACAAAACGGUUCAUCGGGAUAUCAUCGAGUAUGCUCAAUACCUGUGCAGUGGGAAAAGUCCAGGGUUCAUUUAUAACGAGGCCGUUCCGCUUUGUUACAAAAUCGAUUCUGGUCCAAGAACACUCGUGAAAGCUAUAUCGUUUUGUGGUGAAUCCGGUGGACACCUUUUACAAAUAGACACAGAAAAAAAGCAGAGACUUGUCGAGAACUUAAGAUUAGAAGGAACAGACUCCAUAGCUGCAUAUCGCAUCAAUGGCAUAAAGAUUGGUGGAAAAUGGAAAUUUUUAGAUGGCACACCCAUAACACAGGUUUAUUGGUACCCUGGGGAGCCUGGUCGUACUGAUCUUGAUGAUUUGUCUAUUGGACUGAGAGUUGGACACCACGGGAAAUGGGACGACGUCCUUACUUCCGCGUUUCAUGGCAGUAUUUGUGAAAAAGAUAUCAGAUUUGACUAGUUGGGCAAACUAAUUUGUUUCAAAUAUAUUUUAUGGAUAUAAUGUAUAAUAUGUCUUCAUUGUUAAGAAGUAGAUUGACGAUUCCGAACAAAAUUUUAUUUCAGCAAUUGAAAUGUAAUGUAACGUAUCAAUGUCGAUUUACAAACUAGCGUUCUGGUAAGAUUUUUCAAGGAAAUUUUGUUAAAAUAUGUAUUCUUUGUUGAACAUUAUCAUAAUAUAUUUUGUUUGGUUCUAAUCGAUCAGAAGAAUUAAUUACAUUUUGCAUCGAGAUCAACGCAAAAACUACGUAAAUUUGUAAAAUGUAUUACACCUAUGAGUUAUGCAGACUGUACUUUGAAAUAAUCUUGGGAAUUUUAAAUA